AUGGCCAUGGAAAAACCAAUUUUCGAAUACCAAGAAGAGUCUCAUAGUGAUAGGUUGGCUCGUAAAUCAAAGGAAUCACCUUUUAUGGUUAUAGGACUAGGGGGUCUAGCAGCAGCCGUGGGCUACGGAGCAUACGCGUUUAAGCGGCGCGGGGCAAUGAGUACCAGCGUAUUUCUAAUGCAGUUCCGAGUAAUCGCUCAGGGAACCGCCGUCGGAGCCCUAACUGUAGGAAUGGCCUACACAUUGUACAAAAACCACUUUGCUAAGAAACCAGAGGCUAUUACCACAUUACCAAAUGAACAUUAG